CAAGUUUUCAGAGUAAAGCAACAGUUGAGCCAAUAAGAACACAACACAAGCUGAUGUUUGUCGCAGUCUCUGUUCGUCAUCACGACCGUUCCGAAGAUCUGAGGACGAAAGCAAUCUCCUUCAACCUCUAUUAAUCAAAGCAUUCAGCAAUCAAUAUAACAUAAGAGUGGGUUUCAACGAUUUUGUGAAGAUUUUCCGUAAAGGCACUAGGUGGUAAUCUUUUUCAACAUGAACAACCAACAUCCUGAUUAUGAUCAUGAGGACACAACGGUUGCUGGAUUUGAAGUACCUGUAUCGCCGGUUUCAAGUUACAACAAUGUAUAUUCCGCAACCGAAGACGAGACAAGAGAUCCUCCUGCUGUACCGCCACAUCUUCAACACUCUCUGUUAGGCCAUACAGGGAGCAUGGAAUUGCCUUCUGCGCCACAGAGUGUCGUCCUGAACCAUCUCUAUAUCGAAAACCGAGACGCCCCAAGAUCCGUUGUAGCACUCGGCUUCUCUCAUCGGUUCAGGUCGAAGUAUGUCACUGUGGUGAUAUACAAGCCAGUCCAAAGAAGAGGAAACGCCAAUGUUUGAUGAUGCAUCUUCUUAAUAUAGUGUUGGAAUCUUUUUUUUUGUUUUAUGGAUUCAGUUCGGUAUAUACAAAAACCAGCUGGUCCUAACUAAAUUUGUUCUUGGUUUAGGUAAUUCGACUGAAAUCAUCUUGUGUGGACGUUUAUAUAAAUCUACUUGCAUUGUUUGUAAUAACUUGCUUUAGGUUUGGUUGAUUAAUCGAAUCCUCAUACUUCUCUA